AUGAAGGACGAUUCCAACACAUCCCACACAAACAACGCAGACCAUGGGCCCGACAGUGCCAGCAUGGCUACGCCUAAUAGUGAGACGAGCAUUUCUGGAACUGCAAGGCAGGGGACUCAGCAACGACAGGGGGAAGCCACGGGUCCCUCUACAUCCACAAGGACAAGGGCAACGACAAUAGGUGGUCUCAAGGGAUCAGCUGAAGAAGCUGACGCCAACGGUGCUACUCGAAGUUGCUCUGGGGUUACCACAACGGAGGCAUCAGCUGCUCCAAAUACAUGUACAGCAACCCAGCCUGGACUGAAGCUAUCUGAGGAAGGAAAGGCAGCCGAACAGACCGCCUCAGCCAACCCUGGAGUUGCCACUACCAACAAUGAUUCUGCUUUAAUGGUACUCACAGACAUGGAAGCUCGACCCAGCAACACCCAACAGAGUGGUCUGCUGUCAUUCUUCCCAAAGGAAAAGCAAGGAGAAAACAAAGGCAAUCUGGACAAGUCUACAGAAAAGCAAGCAGCAGCAAACAGCAAAAUUCCAGCAAAUGACCACAACCAGAAUGAUCAGGCCACGAUUAAUUCUGCGUAUAUUGCACUCUCAGCUGUAAUGCCAGCCGCCCAGGUCGAAAAUCGUCAAAGCAGUGCCCAGCUUUCUUUUUUGCCCAAGAAAUCAUCCAAACCCAGUGGUAGUUUGGCACCAAUGAUGACGGGACCAGCAGCAAAGAGCCGACUGGAAGAGGCGGACCAGACCAUGCCAACUAUUAAUCCCUCUACGAAUGUGACUUGCUGCCGGAUCUGGUGCCCCACUCCCUACACCCUCACAACCCAGCCUUCAAGCCAUUGA